AGAAUAACGAGGUCCUCUAAGAAUAACUGUUUAAUCGUUGUUUCUUAAGCUGGACAACAGAACAAGGUCUGUUUCUCGUUUACCAGUGCCCCACAAGGUGUUCGUGGUUCAAUGGUUCAAGAUCUCAGACCGAAAUGUAGCGUGGGCUGACCCAGGCUAUCUGCACCGCACAGAUCUGUUCGCAUUGCAGAAGUGCAAACCUUCCUGCCCUCACCCUCAAACGCCCGCCCACGCGCCUGCAGAAUCAAUCAGGAAAAAGUACUUUGGCGGACGAUGUGGAACUUUGCAUCCAACUGUACAGCUGGGAAUACAAGGUCGAGGGAAGAUCUUCGGAAGCCCAAUGAGGAUGCAGAUUGCUCUGAAGAUGAUGAAGGUUCAUCAAUCACAAGUAGAGAUGAGGGACUGGAGUGCCCAAUAUGCUGUGAAUCCUUCAACAUCGUUGAAAAUAUCCCCUAUGUUUUAUGGUGUGGCCAUACACUCUGUAAAAACUGCAUCCUCGGAUUACAAUGGGCUGUUGUGAAGUGUCCUUCUUUACCCAUCCAACUCCCACUCUUCAUAGCAUGUCCGUGGUGCAAUCUGUUAUCCUUGCGUUUAGUUUAUAGGGGAAACCUGAAGUUCCCUCGAAAGAACUUUUUUCUUCUGUGGAUGCUUGAGAGCAUGAACGGUGAUAGGAGAGUGUCCCGUUCUACCUCCUGUGAUGAUAAUCAGCCAGCCUGGCCAUCUAGUAGGAGGAUAUCAUCAGGGAAUUCUGCUAUGGAGCCUAUUUCCCGGAAUGCCCCACACACUCACAUCUCAGAAUCGACAGGAUCAAGCCAUGAUCAAAGUCAUUUUGAUGGUUUCCUUGCUCUUGAGAGACUACAAUCAUCGAUUAGGAAAUCACUUAUCUUCUUUGUUCAUCUGACAGCCAAGUUCCCCCUGGUGAUUAUAUUCCUUCUGAUCCUCUUGUAUGCUAUACCCGCCAGUGCAGCAAUAUUGGCUUUGUAUAUGCUUAUCACCGUUUUGUUUGCUCUUCCAUCCGUUCUAAUCUUGUACUUUGCAUAUCCGAGCUUGGAUUGGCUGGUCAGAGAAAUCAUUACCUGAUGAGAUGCUUGAUGCCUUCUACUUUGUCAAAGAACAGCAUUUCAGUAGUGUAUGCAGGACUGUUUGUGGCCAUUUGUGCCCGGUAAAGCUUAUUGGCUGUGUGCUUAUGUUCAAACUUAUACUUUAUCGUGUCUUUAUUACUCUGUAGUGCUUGUGAGAGUAUGGUGCUGGUGAAGUUCAUGCCAGUGACUGAUGUACAUGAUUAAUUCAUGUUUAAUCAGGUAGAUGUGGUCCUUAUUCUUCUUGAUUUACCCCUUAUUUGUCCAACCCUUCUUUCUAUAUACUCCCUCCCCACUUGAACAAAACAAGGGUGUAGGUUCUGCAACAAUUUUGGUUGUUUUUUUGGUCUUACAUGGGUAACAU